AUACUUCCUCUGUUUGAAAAUAUAUUAGCAUAUCUCAAUAAAUAUUGAAAUAAAUAUUAUUCCUUGCAUGUGUGAGUCAUUUACUUAUUCUUAAAAUUUGAGUUACAUAACAAAAAAAAGGAAGCUUCGUAGCAGUUUUCGUUCGUCGUUGGAAUAAAUAUAUGGAGACUUAGCAAUUAAUGGUGCCCUCACGCGGUUCUACUAAACCGACCUCCUUUUUGCUUCCCUUACCUAUAUAUACAUAUAUCUCUAUCUUCACUUCAUAUUAAUCUACACCUCUACAUACGAUUUUCAUUAAACACUUUUCAAAAACAAAUCAUAAUCUGUUCGAAGAUGAGCCAAUACAGCCAAAACCAAUCUUCAGGAGCUUAUCCUACGCCGCCAGUGUCUACCGGCCCUUAUAUGACACCGCCACCGCUCGGUUACCCGACGAGCGACAUCAGUCAUGCCACGGUGGCUCCGGUGGAGACAAAGUCCAAGGGUGAUGGAUUCUUGAAAGGCUGGUUAGUCUUCUUUUUACUACUUUUUGUUUAAUUUCUAUUAUAACCGGGGCCGCACGUAGAGGUGUAGUCCAAGGGUGAUGGAUUCUAGUCUUCUUUUUACUAUCAAACCGGAUCGGUUAUUGUGUGUUGAAAUAUAGAUUAAUUUUCUUUGCUUUAAUUUUCUAAAUGCAGUCUUGCGGCCAUGUGUUGCUGUUGUGUCCUCGACGCCUGCUUCUGAAUUUGAGAAAUUCGAUUGUUUAUUUGAUGUUUCAUGCAAAUUAUUUAUCAUUGUAUUUUGCUUUACCCAAAUUAUAUUUUGGGAUUUGUAUGACAUUUGGAACUUCUAAUAUUUCUUAAUUCAUUUAUUUAUUACUCUUUCUUUUGUAUUGUGUAAUUUUUACCUUCUUAUAAAUAAAUCGUUUUUUCUCUUAC